CUCUACUUGGAGAAGAACAUGGAGAAGGGAAAGCAAGUGGAGGAGAAUUCCAAGUGUCAAGUCGCCUGUGUUUCUGAGCCACAGCCAAAGCGUCGUAAAGACUCACCACUAGAGGACGCCAUAAUAAAGGAUUUAUUAAAGGACAUGGAGGCUGAACACAGGGUUUCCUCACUCAGGAGGAACAGUCCACAUGCAGAGGGAGAGGGUAUGAUGAAACCAGGACAUGCUGACAAGAAAGAAUCAGGUGUCAACAGUCCCAGGGGAAGUUCACAAGAUGUGCCUCCUGGGACAACAGAGGACAUGAAGGAGGAGGAAGAGGACAACGAGGAGGAAGAGGACGACGAGGACGACGAGGACGAUGAGGAGGAGGAAAGUGAUGAAGACGAAGGGGAUGUAGAUUCUGUCCCCGGGUCACCUGACAAGCCAGGAAUCCUGUCUCAACUGGCCAGACAUAUGUUCCCCUUCUCCUUGUUCUUCAGAGAUCUGUGAGAGUUUAACUCACUGGGUUUGUUUGGUUAAAGUUCUGAAAACAAAAAGUGUUUAAAUUUCUCCAGGAACAAGAUUUCAUAGGGUUUGUUCAUUUUCUUGUGAAUUCAUCAUCUUUUUCAUCUUUUUCCUAAAUGUUAUUCUCCUGAUCUCUUUACAUACAUGUUUGAUUUUACAAUAUAGAGAUUGUUUUUGUAAAAUAUGACCUGUUGCUUCAGUCCAUCAGAUCAUCUUUCUGUUUUUGUCUUUGCUGAUAUGCAAAUAAAUAUGAUUACU